AAGGUGGUCGGCAUAGCAAAGUGGUGUUUGUUUUGCAUGAAGAUGCGCGUUAAAUACAACUCCUCAGAACUCUCCUAAUUCUACUUCUUCCAAAACUCCCAGAUAUCUCUACUCCGAUCGAGGUCUCUGUCAAAUCUCGUCGAGUUUCUCAAAUUUCACUGCCAAAUUCCGGCAAUAUGCUUAGAUUAUUGCGGUCCAGGAAGCCCAAGCUGAUAGCUGAUGGUUUGUUCGGGAGAAUUGCUUCGAGACUAUAUUCUUCAACAGAUUGUACAAUCGGUAUAGCAAGGCUUGAAGACAAGGUAGCCCUCAUAACAGGAGGUGCGAGCGGGCUUGGAAAAGCGACUGCUGCCGAGUUCGUUAAACACGGUGCUAAAGUUGUUAUUGCUGAUACCAAUGCAAAACUUGGCCCACAAAUCUCCCAAAACUUGGGACCUGCUGCUCACUUUGUACAAUGUGAUGUUACAAGUGAGGACCAUAUAGCAGAAGCAGUUAAUAUAACUGUGGCCCGCUAUGGGAAACUGGACAUAAUGUGCAACAAUGCUGGCAUUUCAGGCUCUCCAUUUCCACCCAGCGUUGCUGAUCUCGACCUUGAUGAGUUUGAUCGUGUCAUGAGAAUAAAUGUUCGGGGCAUGAUUGCGGGUAUAAAACAUGCAGCCCGAGUGAUGAUUCCUGCGUGCUCGGGCUCAAUCCUUUGCACGGCUAGUGUUAGUGGGGUCAUGGGUGGGCUUGGCCCUCAUCCUUAUACUAUAUCAAAAUUUGCAAUACCAGGAAUGGUGAAGUCCGUGGCAAGUGAGCUAUGUGGACAUGGAGUUCGAAUUAACUGCAUUUCACCAAGUCCUAUUCCAACGCCACUUGUGGUUGAGCAAUUUGCUCAGUUUUUCCCUAAUGCAACACGAGAUGAGAUAAUAGAGAUAGUGAACAAGUUGGGAGUCCUAAAGGGAGCAAAAUGUGAAGACAUAGACGUGGCUCGGGCUUCCUUGUAUUUAGCCUCCGAUGAAGCUAAGUUUGUGACUGGUCACAACCUUGUUGUCGAUGGAGGAUUCACUUCCUUUAAGAAUCUUGAAUUCCCUAAAAUCGAUCCUCAUCAAAACCUCUAGGUUCUAACUGUUGCAGCCCUUCAUUUAGUUAAGACUGAUUGAUCUAUUGUAUUUUUUCCAAAUCUACCUAAUGCAAACAUUUUGGAAAA